AUGACAUUCGUUGAGCCCGAAAUCCUGGAGCAGCCGUCUGGCGCAACAGCCGGCAUGUAUCUCUGUCUGACCAUCUGCGGGUAUCGCAAGCCUGGUAUGAGUGAGGAAGACUACCGCAACCACAUGGUGAAUAUCUCGGCGCCAAUGACUAAAGGCCUAAUGGUUAAGUAUGGAGUGAAAAGAUGGACUCAGAUUCACAACUCAAGUUCAACUCGGGCCUUGAUGCCGCAGCUAUUUGACCCACAGAUGGCCAAUGUUGCCGACUUUGACUGCUUCAGCCAGGUGGUGUUCAAUGACAUUGACGACUACAAACGGAUGAAACAGGACCCAUGGUACAAGGAGCAUCUUGUUGGUGAUCAUGAGAAGUUUGCUGAUACCAAGAGGAGGUGGGUUGAGGAGUUCGUGAGAGAUGGGAAGGUCGUCGAUGGCUUCAAGGACUGCUAG